UGGGCGACGCUCCCCUAACGAACGCACCAUGACACCUAAACUGGGCGACGCUCCCCUAAAGAUCGUACCAUGGCGAGCUGUCAUUUGUUUUCAAUCGUUCGCGUGUUCGAUCCUGUUUGUGUCGAUUGUGUUUGGCCCGAGGUUUGGCCGCUGUUUAACACGGUCAACACGGUCUUGGACAAAUUUGCCGGGUGACCGAACCGGAACGGCUCUGGGAUGGCGGAACUUUUUCAUAUUUGGGGACUUCUUCUACCAGGCCCGGCGCCUGCUGCGGACACUUCCGGCCGGAUUUGUUCAGGAUGGUCGUUUCGUCUGGAGGCGAAAAUCGUUAGGUAAGUUGUGUGUUGAUGCUCAACGGUGAACGUCCAAACAACGGUCAAGGAAAAGGUCACGAAAAGAAUUUUGUUGAGUGGUACGCAACUGAAAAAUAACAGAAACAGAAAGUAGCGUUUGACGUUUAUUGGCUUGGUGCCUGUGUUAAAUUUGUUUUGAUGAAUAAAUUAAAUAAUAGAAUUUGCAAAUUUGAAUGCCACUGAUUAUUACAAAGGUUCAUAUAAUUUUGUAUUUAAUGAAAACAUAUAGAGCUGCUCAUCAGACCGAAUCUCAAAAUGCUGAAUCUUGGAAGGAAAUUAGGCAAUUAGGAUAUUAGGAAAUUCGGAAAUUCGGAAAUUAGGAAAUUCGGAAAUUAGGGAAAUAGGAAAUUAGGAAAUUUGGAAAUUAGGAAAUUAGGAAAUUAGGAAAUUAGGAAAUCAGGAAAUCAGGAAAUCAGGAAAUUUGGAAUUUAGGCAAUUAGGAAAUUCGGAAAUUCGGAUAUUAGGAAAUUCAGAAAUUCGGAAAUUCGGAAAUUAGGAAAUUAGGAAAUUAGGAGAUUAGGAAAUUAGGAAAUUAGGCAAUUAGGAAAUUAGGAAAUAAGAAAAUAAGGAAAUCAGGAAAUCAGGAAAUUACGAAAUUAGGAAAUUAGGAAAUUUAGAAAUUAGAAAAAUCGGAAAUUAGGAAAUUGGGCAAUUAGGAAAUUAGGAAAUAAGAAAAUUAGGAAAUUGGGAAAUUAGGAAAUUAGGAAAUUAGGAAAUUAGGAGAUAAGGAAAUUAGGAAAUUAGAAAA